ACACACAAACAAAAACGCUCUUCAUCAAACUUACUCGCUUAUGUUACUUCCAUGGAGUUUGAUUAACUAACACUCGCACACUAUUUAUAUAUCAUUAUAUACAAAAUAUAUCCACAUCAUCUAUCCUAUCUAUAUCUAUAUCUAUUGUAUCUGUGUGUUCAAUGGCGGCUUUUGUUCGGUUGUUAUCAUUUAAUUCAUCUUUGUUAUCACCGUCAUUAAAAUCUCUUCAACAAAAUCAACUACUUUCUAAAAAUAACAGCAAAAGGGAAUUAUUAGUUGCUGCUGAUUCUUGUUUAUCUUCUGAUUUCAUCGUCAAUUCUCGAUUUGGCUUAAACCCCAGAAAGCAAUUGUCCCAAUUCAAGACACAAGCAACAAUCACCGAAACAGAACAGCCAAAAUGGUGGGAGAAAAAUGGAGGACCAAAUAUGAUUGAUAUUCAUUCGACACAAGAGUUUUUGAAUGCCUUAGGCAGUGCUGGAGAUAAAUUAGUCAUAGUUGAAUUCUAUGGAACAUGGUGUGCUUCUUGCCGUGCUUUAUUCCCAAAGCUUUGCAAGACAGCACAAGAACAUCCUGAAAUUUUGUUCUUGAAAGUCAACUUUGACGAGAACAAGCCAAUGUGCAAGAACUUGAAUGUGAAGGUCCUCCCGUAUUUCCAUUUUUACCGUGGAUCUGAUGGACAACUCGAAUCUUUUUCUUGUUCACUUGCUAAAUUUCAGAAAAUUAAGGAUGCAAUUCAGACACACAACACUGAUCGCUGCAGUAUUGGACCAAACAAAGGGGUUGGAGAUAUAAACCUCGAAACAACAUCAACUCCAAAGAACAAAUAGGUGGAAUCACCAACAUUCUGGAAAUAUAAAGUCAUUGAUUCUAUGAAAUUAUAUAAGAUGUUCAUAGCUUUUUCAUUACUAAUUCUGUAAUGUAGUAGCCCAAAUUUGAGAUUUGGUAUUUAAUAUAUCAUUAUAUAUGUAUUCCUCGUAUAUAUCUUUCUGUUUCAAUACAAUUUGAGUGAGGCAUAUCAGGCAUCUUUAUUUGUCCCA